ACAAUGUCGACCGCCAAAGCGAGUAGCAAGAAGCGCAGGACCGAGCCUCAGCUCGCCAAAUCGGAUCACCUCGAUCUCGACCUCUCCAAUGAUAUCAAAGGAAUUAUGUCGGCACUGCACCAGAUCCGAGAGAAAGCUCACAAGGACGGGCUUAAGAAGAACGAAGAGACCGUUUCAAGACAAAGUUUCGCUAAAUCUCUUUCGAAGAGCUCAAAAGAGGUCUGUCGAAGGAGAAGAAAAGAGUGUGAGAAUUGCUUGAAGACUGAAACUGCCAAGUUCCAAGCCCAAUAUCUACAGGCCUUGAAAGACUUCAUUUCCAACUACGAAGAAGAGAAGGAAAGGCUCUGCACACGAUAUGAACAACUGAGAAAGAAAGAAAGGAGUCUGAUAUCUGAGCAUGAGAAAGCUUGUACUGAUAAAAUUGCUAAACUGGAAGAGUCCUUGAAAAAGAAGAAGCAGGAUGACAGAACUUUCAGCUCUCUGAGAAAGACUCUUGGCUCAUUUCUGAAGAACCUUUUCUAUGUAUGGGGGAAACUUCAUUUCCCAGAUGCAGAUGACGCCAGGUUUUUCGUAAAGCUAUGAAGGAGUAUCGGACUACAAUGAAGGAAUAUUUCCAGGCUGCUGUAGAGGCAUUUGCUAAGGAGGAUCAUGAUCGAGCAAACAAACUUCUAGAACAAGGAAGGCUUACUUGCUGUUAUGAAGUGAUUGGAUAUGAAUUAUUUAUAAAUAAAUUUUUUUUUAAAAAGAAAAGGAAAUAGCAUCUUACGACUAUAUUGCAAAUAGCUUUACUUAAACACACUCUUCAGUUGGAUAAAAUGAAAUACAUGCUUCAAAAAUUGAACAAGGGGGAGUUUCACUUAAUGCAGAUACCAAGCCAGACUUGAUCACAUAUCUAAGCUAAAAAUAUAAGAUAUCAAUUUUUAAGUGUAGAAUUCGCAUUAUAGUUUGUUUUCCCUUUUUAAAAUUAAUUUAUGGAUUCUAUUGUUCUGUGGCCGGGAAAUUUUUUCCA